CCCCAGACGGCACAACUCUUCUACUCUGAAACAUGUGCUUCUACGACCAGCACCGUUUUGUCUGUGGUGAUUGGAAGUGGGGCCAUUUCCGCCAGCACUGCGCCAAAGAGUACCGAAUCGGCGAGACGUGUGGCAUGAAGCUCAUCAUGCAAACAGUCCCUACUGGCACAUAUUGCAAGCUCUGCGAGAAGAUCAACACCAAGAUGCGCCGCCGAGCCGCUGAGGUGGACCGUGUCGGCCGAUGGCAGCGCGAGGCUCACAAGUUCGCGGCCUCUAUUGAGAAAUCCAUGGAGAUGAUUCGUGCAUUGGACGGGGAAAUCUGUGAGCUAACCAACGAGCGUAACCGCAGACUGCAAGCGAUUCACUGAGCUCGGGGUAGACAUGACGCAGGCGUCUGGGAGUUUUCGUUUCAUGUACAACGUCUUGGUAUUUCCUUUCAAAUUGAGCCCGUUCAACUUUCGUUUCGGGGGUCGACAUAAGGCAGGAAGUGCUGCUAUUGAAGGAAGAGGAGCGGCACAUGGAAGACCGGGCGUUACCUCUUACAAUCGCUUCUUUUCAGUCAUUGAAUCCUCUUGGGAUUGGGUAGUUCAAUCAAUCUUUUUUUCUCCUAACUUCCAUGA